CCAUGGCGGCCUCUACAAGCAAUGCGCGGCCCCAACAAAGCGUCGGGAAACGGAAAGGCGGGGACGAGGUCGAGGUGAUGGAAAAUGGCGGACUAAGCCCCCAGUUGUCUGUCCGUCACCUUGACGACGAGGACGACGCAUGCUCUGAGAUCGUACGGAUCGAGCAGGAGGUGAAAGAUGACACUGAAGUCGGCGCUGUGGGAAGAAUCGUGAAAACGAUUCAGUUGAUAAAGGCCUGGGCCUCUGGGCGAUGGCGUGGGACACGUACGUUGCCACAGCGACCAGACUCCUUCCUAGAACGCGUUGCUAUGGGAGGGGCUAACGAGUCGCGGUCUCACACGCCGGAGAGACGCACCAGAAAAAUAUCGGACAUAAAAUACUGGACCGGGUUUGUCGUCGAUCCGACGGACACGUUUUAUUACCGUUGGUUGCUCUUCGUGUCCUGUGCCGUGAUGUAUAACGUGCUCUUAAUCGUUGCCCGGAGCGUCUUCUGGGAGCUCCAGGAAAAUUACCUGGCACUGUGGCUCACCCUCGACUAUAUCAGCGACAUUAUCUACCUUUGCGACAUGUUUGUGUCGUCUAGAACAGGAUACCUUGAAGAAGGACUUCUAGUAACCAAUCCAUUAAAACUUCGGAGAAACUACUUCAAGAGCACAAACUUUAAACUUGACAUUAUCAGCAUCUUUCCUACGGAUAUCUUCUACGUCCUGACGGGUGUAGAUACGCCUGAGUUGCGAUUAAAUAGGAUUGUUAAGUUCGGUCGCCUUUUAGAAUUCUUCGACAGGACAGCAACGCGAACGAACUUCACGAACAUAUUUAGAAUUUUGAAUCUUGUUUUGUACAUAUUGAUUAUCAUUCACUGGAACGCAUGUAUUUAUUUCGCAAUAUCUAAUGCAAUAGGUUUCGGAACUGAUGGCUGGGUGUACGGAAAUCUCAGCAUGUCAGAAAACCAACCAUUGACCAGAAAAUAUAUUUACAGCUUUUACUGGUCCACACUUACGUUAACUACCAUUGGAGAAACUCCCCAACCUGCUAAAGACAUUGAAUACCUCUUUGUUGUUGUGGAUUUUCUUAUUGGUGUGCUCAUCUUCGCUACUAUUGUUGGUAACGUGGGGUCCAUGAUAACAAAUAUGAAUGCAACGAGAGCAGAGUUUCAACAAAAGAUGGACGGUGUAAAACAGUAUAUGGAGUUCAGGAAGGUAUCGAAAGAGUUGGAACAAAGGGUUAUUAAGUGGUUUGAUUACCUUUGGAUAAACAAGCAGUCUCUUAACGAAGAAGAGGUAUUAUCAGCUUUACCCGAUAAAUUGAAAGCAGAAAUCGCAAUUCAUGUGCACUUAGAUACGUUGAAAAGAGUGGCCUUAUUUCAAGACUGCGAACCUGGUUUACUUGUAGAAUUGGUUCUGAAGUUAAAAUUGCAGGUGUUCAGUCCAAUGGAUUACAUUUGCAGGAAAGGUGAUAUAGGAAAAGAAAUGUAUAUUGUCAAACGCGGUCAGUUAGGAGUUGUUUCAGACGAUGGCAAAACGACGUUUGCCACAUUAAGUGAAGGCAGUGUUUUUGGUGAAAUAAGCAUUUUGAAUAUUGCAGGCAAUAAAAACGGAAACAGGCGAACUGCUAACAUUAAAAGUAUAGGUUAUUCUGAUUUGUUUUGUUUGUCUAAAGACGAUCUGUGGGAAGUACUCAUUCAAUACCCCGACGCAAAGAAAAUCCUCAUUGACAAAGGAAAGAAGAUCUUAAAGAAAGACAAUUUGCUUGACGAACAACUUAUGGAGAAAAUUGAACAACAGCAAGAAACGACUGAACAGAAGUUAGAACGAAUAGAAGGCAGUCUUGACACUCUACAAACUCGGUUUGCAAGAUUACUUGCAGAUUUUAACGCAACACAGCUGAAACUUAAGCAACGAAUAACACGUGUGGAGAAAACAGUUCCCGUUAAAGACCUUGAUACGAUGUCAACAGGCUCAUUUUUGGAUACAUGAUCCGGUCACUAAAUGUGAUGUGUUGGGGACGUUUUUCUAUGUGGCUUGAUCACCUUUUGUGAGAAAAAUGAGGACCGCGCGAACGUUUCAUAAGAUAUGAUAAAGAUAUGGAAUUAGAAGUGCAUUAGUGGUUUGUCGAUGAGGAUGAUACACGAGGGUUAUGGAAUAACACAAGCAAUAUGUGCACGUGGAACAAUCUGUUCUGAACGUAAUACUUGUAUUUUGUUCGAUAUUGUAUAUAUUAACGUUUAAUUGAUUUACAACGCGUGAAAUAUACAUAGUGAUAUUGUUUUUUUUCCACAGACAUUUGUGCGUUUAAGGAUUUAGAAAUCAUAAUAAGGGUUUCAUGAAAUUUAAUUUGAUAACUAUUAACAUGAAAUAUUACAUUCGUUAUACAUUUUUGGAAACAAAAUGGCGAUGGGUACACCCGCACACUCAACAACAUGUAUAUACAUUGCGUGAAAGAUUUCUUAUACAAAAACAAUUGAUAUUGUAUUUAGAUUUUUGUUUAUAAACGCAAUAAAUAGCUGUAUAAUUUAUUCGGUAAAUAGAAAACACAAAGAAUAACAUCGCUGACGACAUUAAUACUAUUACUUAAUGGAAAUUUAAAUCGACUGCGAUAUAAAAAAUGGAAUGGAUGGC